CUCGUUCUUUAAUUGAAAUAUCAUUAAACAAGUCAUAUUGCUGUUCAUGUGUUUUACCACUAAUUUACAUAGUUGAAAAGUGGUUAGUAGGUCCAACCAUUCGUAGAUUCCACGAUGUUUAUCAAUGAACUUCCAGACGAUUGUUUGCUCAUCAUUUUUGGUCAAAUAAGUGGAUUGGAUGAUUUAGUAAACUGUUAUAAAGUAUGCAACAAAUGGAGCCAAUUAAUAACUGAGCGAACUAGAAAAGUUAAAUAUUUGGUUGAACAUCGAUUUUUUUGGAACCGUGGAUCACGGAAUUAUCCGUUUGAUUAUGUUUAUUAUGGAACAAAAGAACCAAUCGAUGGAACUUGUCUGAGCACAUUAUUUCCAAAUUUAAUAAUUGCCGACUUUUCUGAUACAUUCAUUGAAAAAGUAAAACACGAAGAAAUCGUUACAUUGGUCAAAAAUAUGAAAUCUUGCAAAGGAUUAAUCCAUCAACAUUCUUAUUUUUACCCCCCAAAAGAAUCGAUUUUCCAAUAUUGUGAUGAACUCGAAAUGGUCUCCACCAAUUAUAUUGAUCAAUACAUCGCAAACAAACGUGUCAAUAUCAAACAAUUGAACCUGUGGGAUUAUAAUUUAAGUAAAUUCACGAGGCGUAAACAUUAUUUUCGAAAUCUUGAAAGACUACACAUUUAUUCUGAUGGUGACGAAGAAAGCUACUACCAUGUUCCCAGAUUGAGAAGACUUAAAAUACUUGAAUUGUAUUUACUUCCUCGUGAUGAUGAAGACAUUUAUUAUGGUUUCAAGUUCAUGGAUUCAUUUCGAAAUCUUCAAAGUGCACAUAUUUACUUGCUAUUCGACGACAUUUUUGUUGAUGAAUCAUUAAAACACGAAUCUUUGCGAGAUUUAGUCAUAGAAUUUUAUAUCUCUGAAUACAAUGACAAUUACAAAUGGAAUGAAUGGAAAAGCUUGUUCACGAAAUAUCCAAAUCUUAAACAUCUUGCACUGAGGAGCAACUGGAGAUUGAAAAAUGACCAUGUGAAGCAAUUGGUUCGCAUUUUACCCAAUUUAGUGUUAUUUGAUGCUCGUGGUUGUCGACAAGUCACCCAGGAGGCUGCUAGUUAUGUCCAAGAUUAUAAUAGAUUACAUGGACGAUCAAUCAAGUUUUAUUUUGUUGGAAAUUAUCGUGAGAUUCAUUCAGAUUGGCCUCAUUUAUCCACUAAAACUGAAACAAUUAGUCAAGGGUUUGAUUUCAUGAAACAUUGUUUUCUUAAAGAUUUUGGUCAACUUUCUACUUUCUUAAUUUCUAAUGAAUAUCGUUCAAUAAAUAAUGUGUAUUCACGAUAUUAAUAAGGAACAUCAUCAGAGGAAAAAAGCUUACAAUUUCAAUCAAACUCGACGUGCAGCUAUCAAAACAAAAUUUUGUUCAAUAAAUUUUUUUCAAAAUUAAAA